GGCUCUCCCCCUCCCAUCUCGCGCCUUCCCUCUUGUCUCUGCGAACUGCUAGCCAUCGGUGUGUGUUGUUGUUGAAGCAAUGAUGGCGGCAGCGGGAUGCGGAUCAGCAACCGCGGCUGCCGUAGGAGGCCAAGGUGGAACCGCUACGGCCAGAGGUCGUUUCCCCGGUCGGCCUUGGUCGUCACGCAGCCGUUUGCGUUCCGAGAAGCGUUGGCAACUCGGACGAUCAGGCUUAGACUCUGAUGAUGUGACUAACGGAGGGCCAAGGCCCGCAAACCUGGUCCUAUCGUUAAACGAAGACCAGUCUCACUUGCGCUUACUCGGGAUAGAGGCGAGCCACAAGAUCCUUGGCCAGGCAGGAUACAGCUCUAGUGGGAGUGAAGAGGUGAGGUCCCAAACCGACCCAGGAGUUAGUAUCUUUAUUUCAUCUUUUCUCAUUUUGUCUCUGUGUUGUGUGGAAGGUGUGAGAGUGAGUGCUGUUCGCAGCAGUGUGACUGGUUAGUAGUGCCUUGGAGAAAUGUCAACAUCCUUUCGCUAGGCUAACGUUAACUUUAGCUUCAAGCUCGGUGAGCUAACCUGUCUUAGCACUGAGCUCUACAUGACAUUUAAUGAGCAAAAUACCACUUCAAAACAUUAGCAAGGCACUUUGACUCACAUAGCGCUAACUUGGCGCUUCUUCUUAUGUUGGACACAUUUUAAUAUUAUUCCUAAAUUGUAAUGCUAAAUAUAUAGUGAAUGAGUGUGCCAAUUUGUAAACAGGCAUCGUAAUAAUUGUCAUUUGUGGCCCGCUCUGUGUCAGGCCAGAGUAGCAGCUAAGUUAUAAUAGCCAACACAAAGAACGGGAGGGCUAGCGGCUAACUGCUAACUGUUUUCAUACGGUGUCCAGAUGCUGGAUAUGGGAUCUCUUCGUUUCUGAUUCAAAUGGGACAGCACCCAAGAAUUUUUGCAGGAGCACGUUUGCUUACUGUAACAGAAGCUCUCUGAAAUAAAGCGUUCAUUUUUGCGAGGCAGACAGAAGUGGGCAAAAAAAGGUAGGAUGGCUAAUUGCUAUCUUCUGCUAGAGAGCACGACGGGUUUAAAUGGUGGUGCAGAGUGUGCCAAAGUCAGAUGCACCCGUUUGUAUAGACUUGGAAAGCUCAUCUGUAUUAACGCUAACCCAACACCUGCAGGCGUUCAUUUCUAUUCGUGAUUUAAUAGAGGAGAGCUGCUUUUAGACUUCUAAGUCACAGUUGUAAGCACGAGGAAGAUAUACAGUAACUUUAUUUCCUUAUAUUUUACGAGGGGGCACACAGUUUUAGACGUACCCAUCUCUGCAGCUGCUGGUAGUGUAGGUGUUUGACCAAAUGCUCAAGUGUGAAUAAAGCACAUAGCUGUUGACUACUUAGCUUGCUCCGAAUGGAUGAGUUAUUGAUUGUUAAUAAAGCAUGUAGUUUAGCUUGACAAGGCUAAUGACAAGGUUUGGUUUGAAUGUGGAAAAAAUGAAAGUUUUGUCCAUUGUCUGUUAUUGAUAUUUUGUUGAUAUUUUUGUGUUAAUGCAUGAACAUAAUGACCUCUUUUGUUAUUAUUUCAUGUCAGAUUUUGGUCACAUUUGCAAAUAUAAACAUAUUGUGAUUGUAUGAGUUUUUCUGUAUAACCAUUUUGCCAGUUAUGUAAAUUGUUCAUCAUAAUGAACAAUUCAAGGCAGACUAUCCUCACAUCAUUUCAUUCUCUGCCACAAAUAUCACAUUACAUAAGAUUAAAUAAAUCUUUAUUCAUCCCACAGAGGGGGAAUUUGCAAAUUACAUGAUCUGAAAAAAAAGUUGUUUUUAAUAUUCUUGUUAUUUUAUUUUUUGACAUAGUUGCUGUCUCUAGCGCAGUGGUGUUUCAUGGCUUGGGUGCUAAUUGAUUACUUUUUUUUGAUGUUUUAAGGGAGAUGACUUCAGAGGAUUUGAAGCUGAGGGGAAAGGCUCAAAAAGACAAAACCCUUCAAAAGGUAAAAAAAAUGUAUAGACUGUGUUUUUAUGUGAUAUAUAAACAUUGUUAGGGCUGGGCAAUUUAGGAAAAAGUUUAUCACAAUAUAUUUUUUUCAUAUCAGUCGAUAUCAAUAUCAUGAUAGAAAAAAUGUAAUUUAACAGUGCUUAUUGGUAGCAUGUCUUUUGCAAUACAAUAAGCUACUGCAUCUGUGAGGUCUUUGUGUCUCUUCAACGUUUUGUCGUAAGGCGUUGCGAUAAAGAAAGCAGACUGAAUGGUCGGUUCAGCGAGGAGAGGACCAUGAGCAACUCCCCUUUUCUUGGCUAGGAAAAUUAAUUUUCGAUAUAUAUCAUUAUCAUUUUAUCGACCAGCCCUAUACAUUGUGUAAGAUUAAAUAUGAAUUAAGUUUGGAAGCGUAAGAAAAGAGGUUCUCUUCAAUCACAGUUUCUGCACCCAUGGUUAGUUAUUAAAUGUAUUUUUUUUCUCUCAGGUGAAGCUGUUGGCACAAAAUCAAAACGACAAAGUGAAAAACCACUGCCCAAAACGCCAGCAGUGAAAGCAGCUUUCACCCAACCUGACCCUUUAAAAGAGUCUAUGUUUUUGGAGGAAAUACAAGACUUAUCUACUGAGACGGAGCCUGCUAAAGAUUGCAGGAAAGGCCAGAAAGGAAAAAGCACUAUGGGUCGUCAGUCCACCAAUAGUGGAGCUUCAUCAGCUGCACCAAGGAUUACUAUAAAGUUGGUGGCCAAAAAGAAGAUGAAAACCAUAAAGGAGCCUCAUUUAAAAUCUGCAAAGAAUCUGAAGAAAAAAGGAAUUCAGGAUCCACCUAAAGCCAAGGAUAUUCAGGGUGACCAGAUCUCAAGUGCUCACGUCAAAUUAAAAAGUGAACCACCUGAGGAGAAACAUGGCACUGAAGACAAGGGAGGAGGGACUGUAAGACGGCGAGGAAGAUCUGCCUCAAAGACAGAGCCUUCCUGCCAAACAGCAGCCAAAGCUGUGGUUGAUGACCAAAAUUCAAAAGAAACAAAAUCAGCAGAUCAAGUUGAAGCUGUACAGGAGAGAAGGACUGUUGAGCCAAAAACAAAUGGAAAGACUUUAAAGCAUAAGGCAAAUUUCACAGAGCAAAGUCCAGAUGUUAAUCAACCGUUGACUCGUAGGAGCCGUAGAGUCACUACCCCUCUCUCUAAAAUAGACUCAAAAAGCGCAGCUGAUUCAGAGAGUCUGAAUAACAACGAGAAAUUUUUGACAGAGCCACUGGCGGAAGUUUCUGACACCAAACCACCUGCAAGAAGUGAAAGACGAAGGCAGAGCAAGAGGCUGAAUAAGGAUGUUACAGUGCCAGAAACCCAGGGUCCACCCCCCACGGGGACAGAUACUUUGGCUGCACCAUCCGGUGAUAGCUCGUGCUUAAAAAAAGAGGAAAUGAGAGUCCCAAGUCUGAAGUUGAAAAAGAUCAGGAACCCAAAAUAUGAUGCACAAGCCAGUGGGCUGAAUUCAGUGAAAAAGAAAAAGCGUAAAAAAUUUAUAUGGACUCUGACAUUAGUUAAACAAAGUCAGGUACAAGAUGCUAAAAUCUCUGUUAAAGAAACAGAGAAGACAGUCACUGAAGUUGAUCGGUUGACUGUUUCUGAUACCAGUGUGAGCAAGAGCUUAAAGGGGAUGGAUAAAAAAAUCAAACCAGAUAACGCAGCUCUGCCGGAGAGUAAAAACACGGAGGAUAAAGAAAAAGAUUCCAAAAAGAAGGCAGAUGAGUUUUUAGAGGAGAAGUCUUCUUCCCAGGUGGAAAAGGAGGUUGAACAGAUCUUUGAAAGUCCUCUGCAAGAAGUGACAAAAAUGGAUUGUGGGAAAGUCCCACCUCUUCAGAUCAAAAAGGUCUCCUCUCCUGGUAAACACAAAAGCUCCAAGCCAUCAUUUUUGAUUCAGCAAGUCAGCCCUGUGUCUGAAAGGAAGGAGGAUGUUCCAAAAGAUGUUGUUGAAGUUAAUGAGGACAAACCAACAAGUCCGAAUACAGAAAUCACGCCAACUAGGAGUUUGAGAAGAAGGACGCCAAGUGUGGAUUCCUCCCCGACUAAAUCUGUCACUCAAAAACCAGGGAACACUCAGAAAAGGAGGCCCAGAAAAAGUCCACUGGAUGAAGUGAUUCCACAGGUGGAGAAUGAGGAUUCUUCUCAGGCUUCAGCUGAAGAUUCCAGCACACAUGGUCUUCCUAAGAAUGUCAUUCAGCUUUCAGCAGAGGACUCCUCACUCUUGACAACUUCAAACUCCUCUGAUGUUCCUGCUCAGGACUCCUCAGAAACAGCUGAUGUUGCCUCACAGGUGCCGGUUGAAGUGUCUCCACAAAAAGUAGAGAAUGAGGUGGAACCACAGACCACAGAGGCCAAACCAUCACCCGUGCCUUCUAAAGCUAAAAGAUGUAGAAAUAAUAAAUUAGGGAAAAAGAGGUCGGUUCCAAGGAAGAAGGCUGUUGUUUCUCCUCCUGAAACUGCUGUAGAGACAGAGUUGGCUACCAUUGAAACCACUGUCAUGGAAUCUGUGCUAAAGGAAGCUAUCCUGCCCUUAGUUACAGAGGAAAGUCAGUCAGAAACGCAAGAAUGCACCCAGUCUGAGGCAAAACAGGACACCGUGUCAGUGGAAGAAGAGCAGAUACAGCCACCAGUUAAAGAGGAAACAGACAUUCAGUUGAUAGACAGUCAGCAGUCCGCGGUAUUAGAGAGUCAAGCAAGCGAUCCAGAAACAUUGUGCCUGCAAAAGAAAUCUCAAAAGAAAGUGAAAAAAAGGCGCAAGAGUCUGAUUGGGCAGCGUCAGAAACACAAGCACAGGAGCAGGGAUGGGAAGUUUGCUCCUCUUAAAGGAGCUGAAAACAGCGCAGACACUGCUGAGGUGGAUAGUGAUAUUUCAACCCCAUUGGCAGCUAACACACUGACUCCAGGCUCCAAACUUAUCGGAGUUCAGAAAAGAUGCAAAAAGAGGCAGACAGGCCUAGACUUCAUUGUGUCCAAAAGAUCCAAACCACAAGCUAAAAUUAUAACCGAACUGUUUGAAAUGGAGCUGGAGAAAGAUAGUUUCAAGCAGGAAGAAUCUGACACGUUAGUGGAUGCUGGACGGCCAGAUGUUGUAGACUCCCAGCCGGGCAAAUCAAAGUUUGUCAAAAACAUCAAACAUUUCAUCAUGCCUGUCGUAAGUGCCAGAUCCUCACGGGUGAUCAAGACCCCACAAAGGUUUAUGGACGAUGCUGGCAUGUCGGUGUUGCCUCGAAGAAACUCCCCAAAGAAGGGUUUACAGCUCAACUUGCAAGUGCGUCCGGGAAAGAAGCGAGACGAUGGGACAAGCAGAGCAAUAUCUCCCAUCCUGCCAGCUGACCAAGAGGACAUAUUGAGUGAAGCUCAAUUGGAUGUGGAUUUGUUUUCAGCCCAGGAUCUGGAUGACAACAUUGAUCUUGCUGAAAGCUUGUUUUCAGAGAGAAAAAGCAGCAAUGUUGAGAAAAAGAAACCUUUACUGAAGAACUCCAGUUUCAGUUGGCAUCUGCCAGACGAGUCGAGCGAGGAAAUGUUUACACUGGACAAAACCCUAGAGAGUAAAUGUGAGGAUCUGUUUUUAUCUGCACCAGCUGAUAAGCCCGCUGAACUACCUACUGACCCCUUGGAUACUCAGAAAAAGAAAAGUACCCCCAAGUUUAAUAAACAAAUGGCCCACCUUAAGAUCUAUCAGAAGCUGAAUAAAACACACGCAGGCCUCCCAAAAAGCAAAACCACCUCAGAGAUGGACAGUGUCAGCAAGCCUCCUCCGCCUCUAGUAGAUUUAGCCGAAGGACUCGAUGAUGAAGCCAUGAGCAUCAGCCUGAGGCAGAGGAAUACAAACCCGGAAAAGAGCAAAUCCAAGCUCAAGAUAGAAGACCUAGAUUCCCCUGGAGUGGUGAGAAAAGUUUCUGUGUGUGUUAGGACCACAAAAUCCAAGCCCCUCACAACUCAGCCCACUAAAGAAGAGAAUGUCGAAGGCAAAGACGGUGCUCAACGUCCUUCAGGUAAGAUGCAUCACCACCCACUUCUUAAAUGUGAACUACAUUGGCUUUGAGGUACAAGCUUUAGUCUUUUUGUUACUCAACAUGUACAGGAGAGCUGCAGUCAGAGCAGACUUCAAGGGCAGGUGAAGGCGAUUUCUCGGGGUCCAUGGAGAAGGGAGCUUCACAAAGGGCGCGCCUCACAGGUGCAAAUAAAAGGAUGUUCAAUCUGCUCAGGAAAGCCAAGGUCCAGCUCAUCAAGAUCGACCAGCAAAAACAGCUCAAAUCAUCAGGGGUAAGAUUAGAUCACUGGAAUCACAUCCUUUCUGGCAUUGACUUUUGUUUUUAUUGUUACAUUUUUUUUUUGCCACAUGAUCUGUCAUAGGUGAGGGAAACUGUGUAUAAUCAUGGAUUUACAAAUUAAGUGUUCUGACCGCUGUAUGCUAGUUUUGGUAGUGCCAUAACGUUCGAAUUGUUUCCUUGUUUCUAUCUUAUCCUGCAGCUGUUAUCUGGCCCAACUGGUGCCAGGUCACGCGACCCAACCUCGAAGCGACAGAGGAGGAAGCAAAGGGUCCAGCCUGAUGUUACUGUUCCCAUAAAGACGGAGCCCCCUCAAGGACAGGUAAGUGUGCCAGCCUGUGAGUCCAAAGCACGAGUCAGUCGCUGUUUAAUCUUUUUCCUGUCAACCCACAUCUACAUUGCUGCAACACACAAAUCGCUUUUCUUUUUUUAGCCGCAGCUCAUCUCCCCGCUGUGCCAGGAGUUCCGAAGAGCAGGAGGUCCACGCAUCAAACACGUGUGUCGAGCUGCAUCUGUGGUGCUCGGGCAGCCCCGAGCCUUGGUACCGGAUGACAUCCCCAGACUAAGCGCCUUGCCGCUGCAUGAAAGAUCAGGCAUCUCCCCUUCAGACGUCACGAAAGGUACGUUGAAGAAGAUCAACAGACAAGUGGUAUUCCAGGUUCUCUCAGUUUCUUCUAGUUAGCUUAAAAACUAAAUGUACAAUAAAUGAAGUCUCAGGAUCAGCUGACAUUGAAUCUUAGACUUAUGAUUUGUGUAUAGCUGAAAUUUUCUUCCUAGAAAUCCAAUGGAAUAAUUCGGUUGACUCCUCUCUCUACCUCUUAAGAAAUACUGCCAGACUCUGAGCUGUUGCGCCCAGGGCUGAGCUCAAGAUGAUUAUUUAUGCUUUUGUUUCAUCUGGCUAGAUUAUUGUUGCUCUCUUCUUACAUGUCACAUGUCUUAGCAGUGGUUUCUGAACUGUCUGCAAGUGGUCCAAAAUGCUACUGCUACUAAGCUACUGAAAUAAUGUUCGAAAAGGUCCUGCGUUACUCUCAUCCUCAUGUCCUUGCGCCGGCUUCCGAUCAAUUUAAGAAUCCAGUUCAAACUCCUGCAAUUGUGUUAAGAGCAUUACACAGACAAACUUUAGUUUAUAUCAAAGAGCUGCUGAGGCCCUCUUAACAGGGUUUUACUGGUUGUUCCAAGGACCAGGCUCAAAGGUAAAAGAGACUGUGACCAUUUAAAAAUAGAUGUGUGCAAAUUGUAAAAUGUAUUCCGGGCCACAUGUGCGCAUAAAAACAAUCAACCGAGGCAUCAAAUGUUUUUUCAUGUAAAUACCAGUUGAAGUUGGUUUUAGGUUGGAUCUACCCUUGUCUUCUCACUCCCCGUAACCAGGAAUAGCAACAGCAGCGCGGUUGAAUUUACACUGCACCCUCGCUGUCAACGUCAGGUGUUGAAUAAGGGACCAUCAAUAAAUUACCAGUUGAUGUUCUCAAAAAAGGCUGUUUUCCUUCAAUAGCUUCCAUGUCAUGUGACCAAUUGACCAAAAAAUGAUUUCAAAUAGUACUAAGGUCGGAUAAUGAGACACACCUCUUUAUCUCCCUAAUUUGUCCUCUAAAAAAUGUUUCUGUUGAAUUUAAAGGCAAAUUUUGAACAUUUUCUUCAAUAGUUAACAUGUCAUGAGACCAAAAAGACCUAAAAUUGAUUUAAAAUUAUAGUAUUUAUGUUGACCAAUAAGACACACCUUAUUUGAUCAAUUUUCAUUGUGCCCCUAAAGUUCUUUGUGUGCUCCUUACUUUUUCAACUUAGGAGCACAUGUGUUCCUUGUGAAAAAAGUUAGUGUCAGGCCCUGGACUCUUCUUGAAGUUGUUGGUCCUUAACUUUGGAAGGGUCUUGAAUUAACACUGAAAGGCAGUUCUGUUCAGACUUGCUCUUGGUAAAUCUGUUUAUGUCAUUUGUUCAGUUUUGACUUAUGGAAACCUCUCUUGUUUUUGUUACCUCUGUGCUUGAAAAGUGCAAUAUAAAUAAACCUUACUUACUUACAUGCCUGCUUACUUAGUCACUGGCUUAAAUCGAUAUUUAUCUAGCAGAAAUUAGAUUUGUUAUUAUAUCCUUAUCAUAACUGCAUCUUGACAGGUGAGCAUACAACUUAACAGGCCAAUGAGUAAAUGCCUUUUGUUGCAGAUAUCGGGUCUCCUUCAGAGUCAGACAGUCCUGGCCUGUCCGAUCAAAAGGUCGCCAAGGUCAAGAAGCCAUCAGCUUUUGUGAAGCGGAAAGGGCUCGGGCCGUUUGGCUAUCGCUCUCGCAGGUGUGGUGUUUGCAAAGGCUGCAACACUGAAGAUGAUUGUGGCAGGUGCAUGAAUUGCCUCGACAAGCCCAAGUUCGGUGGUCCUAAUACCAAACGGCAGUGCUGUGUGUAAGUGAACCUAUUCUUGAUUUUUAGAAUCAAAGAAGCACAUUUCUGAUUAAAAAAAAAAAAAAAAAUCUUGAAUUUUUCUUUAAACCUAAAGGUACAAGAGAUGUGAUCAAAUCGAGGAGAGAAAGGCUCGCAGACUGAGUGGAAGAUCGGCACCUAAAGGUAAUUUUUCACCCGAGGAAGCGGGUGACAUUUUUUGGACACAUUUUCAAAGUUAGGCGAGUCAGUCAGUUUUUUACAAGCUUCAUUUUUGCAGGUUCCUCCAAGCGACGGCGACCCUCGCCUAGUGGGGGCCAUUCGAGUAAUGACGAAGGUAACGACGGGGCUGCCGACUCACCAUCUGGUCUCCACGGUGAUGGCAGCAGUCCGUCAGUGCGGAAGCAGCCAAAGCGCGUCGUGAAACCCCGAGUCUACUUCGACCUGGUGGACUAUGAUUCUGAUCUGGAUGACAAAGCCGUCCAAAACUCUGCCUCGCCAGCCAGGAGAAGAGGCGCCGGGCCUCGUUUUAGUCAAGGUAAACUAUGGUUGAAGGUAGAGAACGGCAGUGAUGCUUCAUUUGUGAUUUGUGGAACACUAUGAAUAAUAAACCUCUGCUGAAUACUCACUACAUAUGAUUCCAACUGCAAAACGGUGUUUUCAUAUGCUUCUGAAAAUGGUGUGAAACAUUUAUUUCUUGUCCCCUCUAGAUUUUGUGUCGUUGGACGGGUUCCUUGGGGAUAUUUCAGAUGAUGAAAUCAGGCAUCGAAAGUCCAGCUCACACCGUGUACCAUCUGGCCGACGUAAACCUGAGAAGGUGGUUAUUUCUAACUUUUUAUCGUUCCUUAGACCCUCAUAAACCUUCACUGCUUCCUACUUCGUUAGUAUGCUACAUUUGAUCUGCUAUGUCACAGUGUCAUGGCUGUGUAAAAGUUUUUGUAUGAGGGUCCACCUACAUGCAUUUACACUCUUGAAGUAGUAGUAACAUAUUGUCACUGUUGUAGGUCACCAAUUUGCCAACUUAUCUUGGCAAAAUGCAGUUUUGUUUGAUGCUGCCAUGCCAGCUUUUCAGAUGGUGCAGCUGAAAAACCACCCCACUGAUUCCUUUUCCCAUUGCGAGACUCGAGACAUGCAGUGUGUAAAUGUUGUCCUGCCCAUUCAAAAUAAAUCUCUGUCUGCUGGAGACAAGUCUUAUAAUUUUGGGUGUUGUUCAGACUGUUUCGAUAGAGCUCAGUGCUUCACUCAGGACACACAACUACACACUUGAUGAUUAGAUCUAGAAUAUAAUCAUGGACAUGUUGGAAUUGUCUUGCAGGGUCCUCUAGAGCAGACUCCUCCCAGUGUCCUGGCUGCCCUGGCCCAUGGGUUUGAGCAGAGAGACGUUGAGUCAUCUAAACCUACUCACAAAAUCAGGGUUGACUUCAAGGUACGUGACUUGUUAGAGUUAAAUUAGAUUUGUAAUGAUUAUCAACACGCUUGUUAUGUGAAGAUGUUGAGUUGUUACAGCAGUUAUGUGAUUCCUUUUAGAUGAGAAAAAAGAAGUAUACAUCAACCCCAAACUGUUUUUAAGUCAGCACUACAACAGAUUAAGAGUCACGUUUGAAAUUAAAGCAAGUUCAGUGGUUGAUGUAACACUUUCUGUCCACUAGAGGUCACCAUUAUUGUUUUAUUCCAAAAUUAGUGCACAGGAGUACUUAAUAAGUAAUGUGACAGCAAUUCCUUUCAGUGACACAUACUUUGGUUUGGUGUAAAAUCUGUUAAGUGCAGUUGAACAGAAUAUGUUGGCUUGUAUGUGAAACGUUAGAGUUUUCAACAUUUUUCGUGUUGUGCCUUUAACUGCUACAAGAAGCCUCAGCAUCUAAACCUUGUUGUACGUACUGAGGUUCUGCUUUGUUUCCAGGAGGACUGUACCUUGGAGAAUGUCUGGAAUAUUGGUGGUUUAAGUAUACUGACCUCUGCACCAGUGAUGCCACCCUAUGUCUGCUUCUUAUGUGCCAGUAAAGGGCAACAUGAGGUAAUAACAUCAUUUUUUUCUGCAUUUUUAGCGAACAGAUUUUUUUUAACAUUCUUAAGAUCAUAACAUUUUCUUCAGUUAAUUAUAUUAAAGGAACAUAUGGUCGUGUUCAAGUGAACCAUGAAACCAAUGAAUGAAUAGAGAGUGUGUGAUAUCAAAAGGACUUGUUUUGUUCAUGUACAUUUCUUUUGCAGAUGCUGUAUUGCCAAGUGUGCUGUGAGCCUUUCCACAAGUUUUGCCUUGACCCAGCAGAGCGGCCCUCAGAGGAGAACAAGGAAAACUGGUGCUGUCGUCGCUGCAAAUUUUGCCACGUGUGUGGAAAGAGAAACAAGCAACUGAAGGUACAGCCUGUUCAUUUGACUUUGCUGUGUUUCAUUUCCCAGUGAGUUUUAUUUCUGUUAAGUUUUACUUUUGUCAUGUCUCCCUCAGCCUUUGUUGGAGUGUGAGCGUUGUCAGAACUGUUACCACACCUCCUGUCUGGGGCCAAAUUACCCCAAACAAAACAAGAAGAGGAAAGCUUGGGUCCGGUCAUGUUUCUCAUUCAGAAUCUUUUUGUCAACAUUAAGCACGCUGAGUUUACCCUUCACUGAUUGCUGCUUUUAACAUGAGAUUUUUCUGCAGGUUUGUAUGACGUGUAUCAGGUGUAAAAGUUGUGGGGUCACUCCAGGGAAGAGUUGGGACACUGACUGGAACUACGAGAAAGGACUUUGUCCUGACUGUUCAAAGCUCUAUGAACUGGGUGAGAAUCCAACCUUGAAUUGUUUGGUGAUUUCUUUUUAUUUUUAACCUGAGAGCAUUGUGGGCUAGUAUUUUCUUAAUUCCUAUGUUCUCUUAUCAGGUAACUACUGUCCAAUCUGCUUCAAGUGCUAUGAGGACAAUGACUAUGACAGUCAGAUGAUGCAGUGUGGCACCUGUAACCACUGGGUGCACGCCAAGUGUGAGGAUCUGACAGGUGAUUUAAAAAACAUCUAUAUAAAGUAUCAAGAAUACAUUCAUGAAGCCAUGUUGGACCUAAUCUCAAAUUUUAAAAAAACUGACAUCUUUAUUUUGAGGUUUAUUCACAUUUUGUCAGUGAAACAGAAUACACACAAAUGACAGAGGAUUAUCUCUAACCAACUCACAGUUGAUCAUUUUUGUAAGCCUUCAUCUCAGGCCUAAGUCAGAUUUCAUGGAAAUUCCAGUAAAAAGCUUUCAGUGUUGUUUUUACAAAAAGUGUAAAGAAGACUGUUAUCCAAAAGGUUGUCAUCUAGAAAUAGAUUUAAGGGCUUAUUUUUUUUCUCUUGUAAUAAUCUUUCAGAUGAACUGUACGAGAUCCUUUCCAGCUUGCCAGAAAGUGUAGUGUACUCGUGUCAGCCGUGCAGUGUGACCCAGCCCAGUGCCUGGAGAGAGCUGCUCUACAUCGAGCUCAGGGCCGGGGUCGAAAAAGUGCUUGCUUGUUUGCUCUCCUCCACACUCACCCAGCAUCUUGUAACCUGCUCACAGGUAUGAGACUCUGCCGUCUUUAGAUCAGUGAAAUGUUCUGUUUGACGAAUCAAUCAUGUGAUGGGUAUAGAAUACAAGUCUGCGGUCAAAGCUUCAAUAAUAUUCAACAUAGGUGAUUGUGACUGAAACAUGGACAACAUUUGUUUACAUACAGAGUCGGUGAGUCAGUUUUGUUUUGGUUUCUGCUUUAGUGUGAAAAGUCAGCUGAUCCUGACUGUGGGAUAGAAGGACAGCCUGCCUGUGAUCUCCGAGCUGUCGGCAAGAAGUUUGAUAAAGGCCUUUACACCACGCUGGUGAGUAAAUGACUUUUUAUUCAUUGUCUGAACAGUGUAAAAGUUUCUUUAGUGGCAAAGUUAGAGGGCAGCUAAAAAAGGUUAUUUUUAAAAUAGGCAUCGAAAAAGGUAAAUUAUUUCUUUUCAACAAUUGUCCUGACUAAAAGUAGUUUGUUGAUGAUAAUUAAAAAAACUAAAAUCCUCUGUCAUGAGGGGCCGUUGACCAAGGCCCAGUCCCAAUCCUAUACCCGUCCGUCUUUUUUAUACCCUCCCAUUUCAAUUGAGGCGCACUGCACAGCUGUGAGUGUAACUUUAUUGCGUGUGACACUCGGUGGUGAAGGGUCAGUAAGUAGGGGGAGGUUUAGGAUUGGUCUUAAGUGUGCCUCAGGUUUAAAGGCUACGGUCUCUGUCCCGGCAGUUGCUGGUUUGACUCCUGGCCGUAAUCCUUUGCUUCAUGUUUUCACCCCACUCUCUACUCCACAUUUAUCUGGUCCAUCAUCAGCUGUCCAUUUUGAUGAAAGCAAAAUUACCCCCAAACAUGUAUAUUUUUAAAAACCCUCAGUAUUAUUUAACCUUUCUGAUACCCAAUUAACUAACAGUUAAACAAGAAUCUGACAUACUUGUUAGUUUGACAUAAUUUGUCCUCUUAGAUGUAUUAAAAGUUCCAGAGUCUAAAAUUCAGGCAUCCUCCCUUUGAUUCUGUCUUACUACUUUACAUACAAGUUAAGUAGUAAGAUAAAUCAAGAAAUACAACUUUAAAGGUCAGUAUGACAAAGAUUAUUUUUUAUAUACAGAAAAUGUUCCAUGAAGACGUGGUUCAAGUGGUGCGGAAGAGGCUUGAGCAGGAGGAAGAUCUUCCAGAGGAGCAGAGACCCACUGCCUUGGCACGCUCUUACUACUUAAAGGUGCUGUAUGACCGAAAACUGUCUGUUAAAACUCAUUUUAAUCGCUCAAACUCAGAGGAGUUCGAAUUGCUGCAGAAGAAAACCAUGAAACGAUUUUUAAAAUGCCAGUAAGUGGAGAUUUCUAACAGAUGUGACAUUUCUCUCUGCAGCUCCUGGAGGAGGUGUUUAACUGGUUUAACAGCCAAGACCCAAAGGUGUGGAACCCUUGUACCAAAGACUUGCCCAUGUGAGUGACCUUUACUAGUUUGGGUUAAAUCGUACAUAAAUUAAGUAACUGUUAUAACAUGGAAGUAUGAUGUGAAAAUGGUGCUUCAUUAUAACUUAAUUUAAUCUCCUAAAAUAUCCACCUGAUGAACACUGAGUCAGAGCUCUGCUCUGAUUUUCUUAUGUAUGAAGAGUUAUUUUAAAAUCUUGAAUGUUUUUUUUUUUGAAUAGGGGUAUGCUGUCCCAUGCUGUUCACCCUCCUACGACGGAGCAUGUUUACGCACAGUGGCAGGAGAGAGAAGAGCUCACACCAGCAGCUCCUCUUGGACCCCUGCAGGAGGACAACGGACAAAGUUCGGAUGUGAAGGAAGAAGAACCUGUUUCUCCGAUGUCUGGGGAGCCAACGAGCCGGAAUCACUUCUAUGCCAGCCGGGCUGUGAGGCUUAAAUUCAAAGGUAAAGCUUUUAUUUGAGGAAAAAAAAGGUACAUUCUACAAUUUUUGUAGCUGGUUAAGUCUUCCCCUUGUCUUUAAAUAUAGGGAGGAGGGGCCGUCUUUCAAAAGCUGAUUUAGACACUGGAUGGUCCAAGGAUGAUGUUAGACAGUGCUCUUUGUGCCAAAAAUAUGGAGACCUCAAACCCAAUGUAAGUCAUCCGUUUCACAUGUAAAUGAUAAGUCAUUGUUGUACCUUUUGUAUAGAAGUUUGGAGCCCUUGUGAGGAGAAUAAACCCUCUGGGAUUCACACAAUCCUUUUUUUGUCACAGGAGGCGGGCAGGUUGCUGUUCUUGGGCCAAAAUGAGUGGGCACAUGUCAACUGCUGUCUGUGGUCAGCUGAGGUGUUUGAAGAGGACAAUGGGUCAUUACUGCACGUGCACAGUGCGGUCACAAGGGGUCGCUUGAUGGUUGGUUAAUCACCUACUUGUAAAUAAAUGUAACUGUUAGUUUGACGAAUGUUUAAACCAACAGGAUGAGUUUAUCGUUGGUAAUAUUUUUACUGGCAGAUUCAUUUGUAUUAUAUUUUUGAUUUUCAUUAUUUGUUGCUGCUUCUUACUCUCAACACUUCCUGCUUCUCUACCAUCUAUCCAAAUCCCUUCUGUAGCGCUGCGAGCGCUGCAACCAGACAGGCGCCACAGUCGGCUGCUGCCUGACAUCCUGUCAAAGUAACUACCACUUCAUGUGUGCCCGCUCCCGUCACUGUGUGUUCCAGGAUGACAAGAAGGUUUACUGCUACAAACACAGACAUCUCAUCAGUGGCAGGGUAAGGUCCGCUGCCUUUUCCCUUGUAUUUUUAAAAGUUUUUUAAUUCUUGAUUGUUAUAUCACUUAUUCUUUUUUUGGACGCAGAUGAUAACCGGUCAGGAAUUUGAAGUGAACCGCAGGGUGUACGUGGAUUUUGAGGGGAUCAGCCUGCGUAGGAAGUUCUUGACUGGGCUGGAACCAGAACUAAUCAAUGUGAUGAUUGGUGAGCCAUUUUUUUCUAUCAGGUUUCCUAUUUGUUACAGAGCUGUAAAAUAUUCAUACAUGUGUUUGAUCAGGCUGUCAGAGUAAUGCGCCAGUUCCAGUUAAUUUCCCUUGAAAUGUAAAUUUCUGUAGAAAAAUAAUGACGUGUCACGCUCCGCUCUGUGCUCUGUAUACUAUCCUGCUACUUUGUUCUUAACCGAUCAUACCCUUGAUUAAUAAAUGCUGUUAUCUCGUGAUUAAUUAAUCACAACCUUUUUAAGUAAGAAGAGAGUAAUUAUUCUCACCCCAUGACAGCACUGACUAAUAAGGGUUUUUGAUCAUUAUUGAUACAGGUUCCCUUCAGAUUGACAAACUGGGUGUGCUGACGGAACUUUCAGCUAACAAAGGAAAACUGUGUCCCGUUGGUUUUCAGUAAGUUGCAUUUUUCUUUCGCAAACUCUUUAAAAUAUAAUAUCUGUCACUAAAUCUGCAAAUCUAUGUAUAAAACGGAACAAGAGACGGUAUUGAAACAUUUUUUUCUCCCUCCUAAGGUGUUCUCGCUGGUACUGGAGCACAGUUAAUCCCAUGCGUCGGUGCAAAUACACGUGUAAAAUCCGAGAGGUCCGGCCUGUUGUCCCUGAGAAGCCUGUGGAAGAGAUGCCUGACCAAGGAGAAAACCGGACCACUUCUCACAGCCCCUGUCCACUGCCUGGUGAGAAUUGUGCUUCAUGAAACUGUAGUGCAUCAGGAAGUGAUUUACUAAAAAAGUAAACAAAAAAAGAAAGAUAUAUGCAGUUUUACAAACAUGUUUUUCUGACUCUGCAGUAUCUGAAGCCCAAGAGAUUGAUAUAACAGAGCCCCAAACCCCUACGGAGGAAGCCUCUGUCCAAGGACUUCAACCCAAAACAGAUCAUGGUGCAAGGCCAAAGAUUCCCACCUAUCCUCAAACCAGGAGACCAGCUGGAGGAAUGUCCCGGCCUCUGCCUUCACCAGGUUGAAUAUCUAUUUAUUCACUCAUUCAUUCGUUGAUUUGUUCAUUUAGUUUUGAGAAUUGUUUGAAUUCUUAUGGAAAAAUAAUUUUUGAUGCCAUCAGGAGUAUUUAAUCUGAGAACUGUUCUGUUAUUCUGAUUUCUUCACAGGACUGGUCCAGGUGAAACCCCAUCACAUUUUAACCAUAAGUGAUCUGGAGGAGACCCGAAGGGUUCGUCGCCACAGCCCACACACACAGACCACAGGUCCCCGCAGUCACAUGUCCCCCCCUCAUCUGGGUCCUUUGAGUGGAUCAAUUACCCUACGUGCUGGGAAAUCGUCUCUCCCUACCUCCCCACUGUUCCCACUUGGUGCUACAGAUAACCUGAUAAAUCCUCCAUCCUCCCGCCAAGUAGGAGGUCGAAGUGCUUCCUCUGUGCGAUGCUCUGGAAACACAGGGACCCGUUGUACUUCACCUUUCUUUCCUCAGUCACCCUGGCAAGACAGUUCAGGAGGUUUUUCCUCACCAGGCCUGUCGUUCUCUUCAUCGGUACAUCUACCCAGAAAUCGUCUGUCAUUUGAUCUCAGCCAGCCAGACUCAGUGGAGGUCCCACACAACUUCUUAGCUUCCCCAGAGCCUGAAGACGUCUCUCCAGCAAACGGUACAUCACCCCAGGAGGACUCAAACCAACAAAAAGGUGAGGAAGACUUCCCCUACAGUUCUUUCCACAAAGAUACCAGCAUGUGUCUGGGCCAUGAGAUGAGGACAGAACUGGAGAUCGAAGAGACGCUCCUUAAUGAAGGUGUGGCGAUGAACUGUGGGGGGCAGAUAGUGGUGGAAGGUGAUGACCAGGAAGAAUUUUGGGGGAAGCCCCCAGAGGUGCACAAGAGGAAGGGUCUUGUUGCCAACCUGCCACGAUCUGCAGCCUCAGCAAGGGAUGACUUAGGGAACACCUCCUCAGAUGAUGAUAUGGAGCAUUACUUCGACUUCUCCCGGACAAUAGUCAGCUGUCCAAGUUCAAAGGAUCAUCCCAAGUCUCCCUCCUCACCGUCCUCCAGGCCUUUGGCUCAGCUGGACGGUGUGGACGAUGGAACAGAAAGUGACGCAAGUAUGGUCACCAACGAUGAUGCUCAGAAAGUUGAAGGUUCUUGUCCAUCUCAAAUACAAGCCAAGAACCUAAAUAACAAAAAUGUCCUUGGAUUGGAAAAGCCUUCUGAGAGACAGGCUGCCCAGAGUCUGUCCCUGGAAACAUCAAAUGAUAAAAUAUCAGUGGCAUCAAGAAAUCCCACUGAUAAAAUAUCAGUGGCAUCAAGAAAUCCCACAGAUAGUACACCUCAAGACCCACAGAAGUCGAGAGACACUCCACUUGUGGAAGAAACAUCUGACAGUCCCUUUGGGAAUCAGGAAAACGUGCUUCCUCCAGUUUGUGAUGCUUUACUCACGAAGGUGCCUGAGAAAUCGUUGUCAGAAGAGUUAUUCCAAGAGUCCAGUUCAGGAUUCUCCCCUGAGCCGCAGCUUGCUCUUGAGAGAUGUGAGUCAAGCCGGCUUGCUACUGAGAUGGUUCCCUUGCUAGAGGAGUCACCACUUGCGGCCCAACGACCUGAAGCUGACAAACAUCAGAGCUCUGAGCCUGGCAGCAGCCACUUUGCGUCAGCUGAGGCACCUGCUGUGCCACAAAUAAACCACACACCAGCAGGGAAGCCUUCAUUGGCUUUUUCUGCAGAAAAAAGUCAGGGCCUGCUGGAUCUUCUCCAGCAUUCAACUCUUGUGUCCACAGAUGGCCAAAACCCCUCUCAGGGCCUUGGCGACUCACUGCAGAUGUAUACUUGUAUACCAGGAAUAAGUCAACCUCCUCUCACAAGCAUCACGCUUCAGCCAGUGACAUCAGAAGAGUCGACAACCUUCCCUUCCACAGAGCCUUUGUCCAGCAAACUAACCACCCUCAGUCCAGUUGGAGACAUUGCACAGACGCUGUUAAAUGUCACCCCACUUAAUGAUCCAGUCUUGUCUGCGACACCCGGCACCAGCUUUCCAUCAGGGACAUGUAGAACUGUCUCUCUACCUAUAAUAUCAACACAAACACAGCCGCUGGGUUCAACAGGUGUUACAGUUGUCUCUUCUUCUGCGUCCUCUCUUUCUGGACUUCCAAUGCAGUGCUCAGUGGCUCAAACCACCUCCACUCCUGUGAUCUUGAAUGGUUACAGCUCUUCAGCGCUGCAGAAGGAUGCCACAACUGGUCACACUAUCUCCAUAAACUUUUCUACACCCAGACCCGCAUCAGAGCCCCAGCAGCCAGUGGUUCACCCGGCUUUGCCCGGACAUGCUAUCCUCACUGUGAAGGAGGUUGGAGGCCCAAAUGUGGAUCCCACACCUCAUGUCCUGCUGGUGAACCGUCUCGGGCAAAUCUUUGUAAAAAACCCAGAGAGCAACACCUUUCAGCUGCCCACCCCUAACUCCCCUUCCUACAACUGUGUCACCCAGAUCGCCAGCCUUUUGCAAAGCAACGCACUAUCCGCCACCCUUGCAGCAGCUGGUACCAUGAGCUCUCCGCUGCCUGGUCCCAACGCGGCUACGGCAGGUCCCCCACCAGUUGCACCUGCAGCUCAGAAUCCAACCACAAUAACACAGCUGCUUACUCACAACAGCAAUGGUGCUGUUGCUCCAGUUAAUACGAAGAAGGCAAGAAAGACUGCAAAAACACCAAAAGAAGAAGGUGCAGAAGUGAGAAAGACAAAAAAGAAGAAGGAGUCCAGUGCACCCAAGAAAUCCAAGUCCUCCAAGAACUCAGGGCAGCCCACUCAGUCAGUCGAGACUCCUCCUAUGACCCCGGCUGAAAGUGCUCAAGCUAUCAUCAAUCAAGCAAUGGCCAGUAACUACACCCCCAAGUGGAGCGGGCUUCGCACACUAAGCCCCUCUUCACUGGUUCUGCCCCCAGGCCUUUUAAUCGAGCCAGAGCCCCCGGUGUCACCUCGCAGUCCAUCACCCACACCAACACCAGCACCAGCACAAGCUCCAGCACCCCGACCUCGCACCCACGUCCGCAUGAAGAGAGUGUCUUCGCUUUCUGACCGUAUCGUCACCAAAAAGUCAAGAGUUGACUUCCUGAAACCAGAGCCCAUCAGUGAGGAUGAAGAGCGCCGCAGACCCGCCUUUUCAGGCACGCCCAGCAGGGCCUCAGGAGUCCGCAUCAAGACGCCAACAGUGAAAGGAGUGCUGGACCUGGACAAGUUAAAGGAGGAGCAUAUCAGCGAUUCUGAAAGCUCAGGGUAAGACUGUACUCUCUUGAAAUAGUGCUUCAUUAAUGGGAAAAUUCUGAAUUCAGUUCUUAACAAAGAAAAGAAGAUUUUUACUGAAAUGGUUUUAGUGCUUUGAAAAAAUGAUAACAGCUCCUACUCAAAUAAAAGAUGCAAGCUGCAUAUUUGAAGUGAAGUCAACCCAAGAAAUGGAAACUAAAACCUCAAGUUAGAAUGUUCUGUAUAUUAGCGAGACUACUCAGAUUUGUGUGUCUGUGGAUGUAAAGGAUUAUUUAUCUGUAUUAAAGAAAUGUUUUGGACUACAGAGUUUGAAAUGUGUAUUUUUUAAUUUAUCUGUAUCCUCCCCUUCUCAGGUCAGAGCCUUGGGAUUAUAUGUCUCCAGGAGAUCAGGGCGAACACGGCAGUCAGUCAGCCUGGGAACCAGUGGGGCACAGCACCCUGACUGACUGGAAGAGAUACUCUGGUAUUUUUGUCUUCUUAUAUCAAUGAUUUCCACCAAUUCACUAACAAUUCCAGUACAGGCAUUAUAAGUCUUACUGUUUUAACCAUAAACUGUGUAAAUGUACUGUUUCAGGUGCUGCCUCUACAUCUGAUGAUGAACCACUGUCACCUGACGAGGAUGAAGAAGGUCCAAUCAACAGAGACCAGCCACACCUAAGAUUUGAGAUUACCAGCGAUGAUGGUUUCUGUGUGGAGGCAGACAGUAUUGAGGGUAAUAUUUAAUAUGAAAUUUUAACUUUAAAAGCUUUUAAAAUAUGAAGUAUAUGUAAAAAAAAAUUGAAAAUAGGAUUCUGUAUUUUGUUCAGUUUUCAUUCUUUGUCCUCCGUACAGUGGCGUGGAAAGCAGUGAUUGACGGGGUGCAGGAGGCACGGGCCAUCGCGCGGUUGAGACCGUUGACAUUCCAGAGGAUUACUGGAGCUCGUAUGUUGGGUCUGGUCCAUGAUGCGGCUGUGUUCUUACUGGAGCAACUUGAGGGAGCCCAUCGCUGUCAGAGGCACACUUUCCGUUUCUUUAAACAGUUCAGCCAAGAGGACGACCUCCCCGUCAAUCCUAGUGGCUGUGCUCGCUCGGAGCUCUACCUUAGGUAUAUGCAACAAUCACAGCUAGAGUGUACAAAAAUGAUCUGGCUUACCAAAUUUCUGAUGCUUAUAUCUUUAGCAGUGAAAGCCUUAAUAAAAUAAUAAUGAGACAGAGAGAGAAAGACAUUCAUGUUCAAAUUUUACUUAAAGCAAGCUUAAACAUUUGAAACAUGGGAAUCAGGAUACUGUACUCAAUUUUUUGUACUCAAUUUAAACAGAGUUUCAUCUGCAGUUCUUUUUUGUAGCACAGUAAGGAGUUGAUGCCGCUCUUCAACCAGUUUCUCUAGCUGAGAGUUUUAUUUUUUUAUUUUAUUUAUUUAUUUAUUUUUGGUGGGUUGAAAGACAAAGAUCUGGUUCCAAAGACGGCUCUCGCUCUCAACUAGCCUGGAACGAGCUUGGUGGGAAGGGGGGUAUCUGUCACCCAGAUCCUCAACCCUCCAUGCAGCAGCUGGUAGCAUAAGCUCUACACUGCCUAGUUCGAGUAUAGCUACAGCUGGUCUUCCACCAGUCACUCUAACAGCUCAGGAGCCGAACAGUUUUACAUAGUGCCAGACUCAUGACAACAUCAGUGUCAUGCUUUUUAAUUUUUAUGGUAAGGUCAAGAAAAAGAUGUAAAACCCUGAAGGAAAAAGAAGCAGAAGUGAAGAGAUAUAAGAAAAAUAAAGGAUCAUGUUUUCCUCACUGUAAUGCUUAACUUUGUGUCUAUUUCAGCACUGAACGACAGAAGUAAAGACAGCUGACAACAGCUGGAUUUAAGAAUUUUCCCAUUUUGUUUUUUCUCACUUCUCUUUUUUCUGAUCAAAUUGGUAAACUGAAUACACAGUUGUUUAUUGUUGUGAUGAACAUUAUUUGUAAGGAUUUAUGUUUAAAUUGUUCUCUCUUUCAAGGUGCUGAUGGAUGUAUUCAUUCAAUUCUAAACCUGAUAUAAUGUCACCUUUCUCUUUACAGGAAAUCCACAUUUGACAUAUUUAACUUCCUGGCCUCUCAGCACAGACAGCUUCCUGACAUUGGGCCUUAUGAUGAUGAGGAGGAUGAGGUUCUUUUGAAGUCUACAAGGUAAGUUUUCACAUAUGUAGGUGUCUUUUUCUGUCUUCCCUAGCGUAAAAUAUAUCCAUAACUAUUUUUUAAGCACCUGACUGUCCAUAUAUUUUUUAAACAUUGAACCACUUAGGUUUUUUUUAACUCUACAAUAUUGCAAAAUAACCCUUGCUGGAUGGAUUUGUUGAAUGAUGAUCUGAUCUUCCUCUUAGACGGGCUACUAGUUUGGAGUUGCCCAUGGCCAUGCGUUUCAGGCACCUGGAGAGGACAUCCAAGGAGGCUGUAGGCGUGUACAGGUCGGUACAAGAUUAUAUCAACAAUGCCAAUGUAAUGUCUGAAAAUGUGUCCGUAUGGUUUUAAUGUAGAGACCAGUUAAGAAGAGCAGUGUUAAGUUUGAAAAUAUACUCCAAGGAUUUGACUAUAGGAUAAACACAGGUAUAAAAAUUACAGAUGAGCAUGUAGAACUCAGAGAGUCAAGGACAUGAUGAAAACUGUAUGAGGAAGUGUUUUUUGAAGAGUUCUUAUCUGGGUAAGUAUCAAACAAUGUCAGGAUGGAAACAACAAAAUCAUUGUGUGGAACUGCAAGACUAUGUGGGAGGGUGGCUUAUUAUAUUCACACAGCUUAUGGUGACAAAAAAACAGUAUAGCUAACACAACUCUUGUCACCUCAUCCUCAUGUAUGACACAGCGAUUCCACUGAUGGUCACCGAGAAAAACCGCAGACAUCUUGGAUUGAACAACAAAAUUCUUAUUUAGGAAGUUAACAGCUGUUGUCUGCGUAUGCCAACAGUUCCUUUUUUUGUGGUGGAGACAAAGAGGAAGAUGUGGAUGAGAAAGACAGCAGGGAAAGAGGAAGAAAACAAUACAAUAACAAUGAAGCUGAAGGGACACAUUACAUGUUCCUAAGGAAAGUUCCAUAACAAGCUGAUGAGGCAAAAAGAGAACUAUGACUGGCCAUCUCUGAACCUGACAGUGUUAGCAUGCUAAAACAGUUCAUCUCUUUGGCUCUAAAAAGGUAUAUCCGCAGCUUAUGAGUCAAAAAAAUCUAAAACUACAUUUUUAUUGCUUAGAUUAAACAGACUAUUCCAACUGUAUUGAUGUUCUCUUGUAUGUCCUCAUCCUCAAUUUACAUGACUUCAGUGCAAAGUUAUUCCUAAAUAGCAAAAUAUUGGAGGGAAAUGGCAUCCUGUCUCUUAAAGGGGACCUGCCACCAAAAAUGUAUUUUUUGCAUGUUUGUGUGUCAGAUUAAGUCCAUAUUAUGUUCGUCUUAUGUUGGAAAUGUGAAAAUAAACCGUUACGUCGUUUGCAUUCUGUAAAGGUUUAAAAUAAUGGAACGGGUAAACCAGGCCAAUUGAAAAAGCAGUUCAUUCUGACGUCAAGCUGACCUUGCUCAUUAUUAUUCACGAGCGCGUCCUCGGUGAGCCGCGCCCACUCUCUCGUUCUCGUACCCAGUCACAGUCAACAUCUCCAGCCAGAGCGCGACCCAGCUACCACUGUAUCCGCUAUGUGUCUCUUGGGUGUUUCCUUGGGUUCACUGCUGGGAAAAUGAACUUAAAGCUGGGCAGAAUGAAUGAGAAAACACCGCUGGAGCACCGAAAUUAGUUCUUUCGCUCUCCGGCUUCUUCUUCAACUUCCACCUCCUCUUCGGACUCGGACUCGGUGUCUAAAAUAUAUGGUUUAAUACCUGCCAUUUUUAGCCUUUAGCAUAAGGUGACCAGACGUCUCCGAUUUCCGGGGACAGUCCCCGAAUUGGAUGACCUGUCCCCGGCAAAAGCUGUCCCCGAAAAUGUCCCCGAUUUAAGCGUUUCAUGAAUGAGAACAAAAAUGUUGCGUGUGGGCUCGAACAACGGUUAUUACAGUAGCCGAAUAGGUAGGAAGCACAAGUUAGCAGUCCUGAACAACAGUUCUUACGGGGGUUAUUACAAGGGGCGUGCGCUGCUACUAAAUAGUACCGAGACUUUGUCUUUGAUCAUGCACCCCCUGCACCGCCGCCGCACCGAAUGUCCCCGGAUUUCAUUACAGACAUCUGGUCACCUUACUUUAGCACACAUUAGCAAAAUGGAUAAACCGAAAUCCGAACCUCCACUGCUGAGCCAAUCAGAGCACAGCAGGCUUCACAGCAGCGAUCCAAUCAGAGCAAAGUUCAUUACCAUAAAUGUUAAUGAGCCAAAAUCAGUUGGUUUUCCCGUAAGGUUUUUUAGGCAUACUAAAACAAACCAUCAAAUAACUUUUCAGCUAAAAUUAUUUUGCAAACAUGAUCAGAGGACAUCAAGGAUUAUGAAAAAAUUAUAAAAAUGGGUAUGAAAUUUUGACGGCAGGUCCUCCUUAAGUCUGCACCUAAACAGACUCAGCAAAAUGAAGUCGUUCUGUGCCUAACUGUGUGUACGUGUGUGUGUUUUUCAGGUCAGCUAUCCAUGGGCGUGGUCUGUUUUGCAAGAGGAACAUUGAAGCAGGAGAGAUGGUGAUUGAAUAUGCCGGCAUCGUCAUUCGUGCAGUUCUCACUGACAAAAGGGAGAAAUACUACGACGGCAAGGUGGGUGAAAUUUUAUCGCUUUGAUCAGUUUUGUGCACUUAUAGGUCAUUUAGUAUCUGCGUUAGCUGACUGCUUGAAGUUGGGUAAGGUUUGAAGAUAUAUCAGUAAGUUUUUUUCUCUUCCUCCUCAGGGUAUCGGCUGCUACAUGUUCCGCAUUGAUGACUUUGACGUGGUGGAUGCGACCAUGCACGGAAACGCAGCAAGAUUCAUCAACCACUCCUGUGAGCCCAACUGCUACUCCCGUGUGAUAAAUGUGGAGGGUCGAAAGCACAUCGUCAUCUUUGCCCUGAGGAAGAUCUAUCGAGGGGAGGAGCUUACCUACGACUAUAAGUUCCCCAUUGAGGAUGCCAGCAACAAACUCGGUUGCAACUGCGGGGCCCGGCGUUGUCGCCGUUUCCUGAACUGAGGCAUCCCUCCUCUGAGAAAAAGAGGAGCAACCUGUUUACUAGUAAGCCUUAAAUUAAGGUGGCACUGGAUUGGGCUUAGGGGAGCAGAGAGUAGUCUGCACAGCAGGGGGGAAAAGCCACUAUGAGACUGGUCAGGAGUAUUUGGUAGUGCGAAGGCGAAAUGUGGACUAUUUUAGAAUUUGGAAUAGAGGAAGAAGAGGAAAAACCUGCACAGGUAAUGCAUUAACUUUUGAAAAGUUUCAUGUGUUCAUAAGGUUCCUCUGCCUGUAAAGAGUUCAGAUGUACAGCUGGCACAGCAGUACCACCGGAGCAGAGGAAGUGGUUUUAUUGUUCAUGAGAAUAAGACAUUUGAAACAUAUUUAAAGGACGAGAGGGUUCCUGGAUCAACGCGGACAAUACCAACAGAAUUUCUUUGAUUUACACGUCAAGCCUUAUCUGUUCGAAUCAUUGCUGAAAAAAACUUAAGCUGGGCUUUGAGAGAUUCCCCACUCGUUUUCUUCAUUUCUGGAGAGGAUCUCUGUCUUUCUGUGGUACCCUUGUAAUGAAGAUCGCUCCAUCCUCUAGUUCGAAGCAUUACAGCCCCCACCGCGCAGUGCUGAGGUCAGUUCUUGAGCCAUACAUUUACCCAAACCUUUAUUUUUUUAUCCUAUUUAACACUUCUCCUGUUGUUGAUAUUUUCUUAUUUUUAAACUUUCAUUUUUGGCGGAAAACAAAACAACCAUGGUGCUAAGCUUUCAGACAUCUUUAAGUCAUUAGUUAAUUGAAACUGUUCUGUAAAUCAGGAAUUAUUGAGCUGUCGGUUCACUCUGGGGCCAUGUAUCUUAAAUUUAUGCACUCAAGCAGUACUCUUAUAUAACCCAUUGGUAUACAAAUUGUCUUCUUAUUUUCACACUUACUUGCACAGUAGGUUUGCUAUUGUCAGCCACGCUCUUCCUGUGUUGAGGUUUAAAUGGAGUAUUGCGUCGUAACAGUUGAAGUCAAUAACACCAGUGUCAUAUUUCUUAAGACAGAGACAUGUCUUUCUUUUGUUUCUUGAUGUACAGUGUAUGUAGCAAACACUACCCAAGCCAAAAGUGAAGAGUUGUGGUGGAUAUCCGUUUUUUAAAUAUAUAUUUUAUUACUGUCAUGGCAAAUGUGCAUUACCUAUUGCAAUAAGACUUUGCUGACCUAAAGUUGCACAUAGAUAUCCAUCAAACAUUCAAUUUACAUCUUUUUGGUCCUGCUACAGUUUGUCUCUUAAUCAGGGAAAGCACUGGUAAAAAGUAUCGCCACUGACUGUGUGUGUGUUCGGCUCGUGCUCCAGGAUUUCUGGGAACAUAGACUUUUCUAGUUGAAAAUGUUCAGUGGAAGCAUGGGGCUGAGAGACGCACUCAGCACCUUAUUGACCUUUAAUGUUGUUCUUAGUCGAUGUUCAGCAGGCUAUUCUAAUUCAGUCUAUUCAAACUGGUAGUUCUAUUUAUUCAUGUUUUGAUUUCUAUUUUAAAAGGUAAACGGUUGUGCUUUGUAUAAAUGGUGGCGGUCCAGUGUAUCAGGGGAUCACCCCCAGUUAUUCGGUUUUUUUAAUGAUGUCCUUUGUUUCACUAAUUUACUUGAAUUUUCUUUUGGGCUGGUGUUGUCAUGUGUUUAAGCCUCCAUGACAAACUGUCCCAAAGCAGGUUUUUUUUUUGUUUUUUGUUUUUUUAAAGAAUCAGUUUUAUUUAAUUUUUCUGUUGUUGUAGAUAACUGACGGUCUUAGAAUCAGCCACAGGAGUGAAGUGAGCACUGUUGCCUCCCCAAGCCCAUGAUCAUACUUUUCCCCUUUUUUUUUUUUUUUUUUUUUUUUUCCCAUCAUCCCCAUUUAAACCUUAAUUUCCAUCAUGUUGAGUCCUUAUCCUAAUCCUUUGUACUUCUUGCAUGUCCAAUCACUUGGAGCCCAGGUGAACUUGUGUCAAUCACCCAGCUGACAACAAGAGCAGAGUCACUCCCAACUCCUUUGCAAGGAUUCUACCUCAGCUGUUUACACAGAUGUUUGGGAAUACUGAUGCAAAAAGAGAGGAUGAUAAUUUAAGAGUAGCUUGGUUUUAAUGUCUUGCAGAACUAGUGUGUACAUGUGUGAGUGCGUAUGUAAGAGUGUUUGUGGGGGUCAUAAUGUGUGUGUUUGCGAUGAAGGAUGCAAAGCACUAGUCAAAACCUUAAGUUAUCAUGACCAUCUCUCCCAGAAUCUGUUAAGAAAGCUGUAUGUUAUAUAUACACACAUAUAUAAAUAUAAAUAAAUAAAUAUAUAAAGUAGGGUUAUUUUAAAGUAAGUGUAUAAAAGACAUAAAAAAUGAGAAAAUAUGUGAUCUUUAAAUUUACGUCUUUGUUACUAUGUACAAAUAAAACCCUGAGUUUGUAAAUAUUUGUAUACAUAUUUCUAAACCUGUUUAAUUUUUCUAUGCACUUUUUUAUUUAUGUCAUUUGCUUAAUAAAGAUGUUAAGAUGUUUGAACAAUUCCAAUUUUAUUAUAACAAGUCAGAGUAGAAAAUGUGAACUAUGUGAAGCAAUAAAACGCAUGUUAUGAGAGGCUUUUUAAAAACAAUCGACUUGAAGAAAUUAACAUUUGUUGUGUAAUUUUUCAGUAUAUCAUGUACAUUUAUAAUGUAAAACUGGGUAAAUAUGUUGUUAAAUACGGAUAUUAAAAAAUCUAAAAGGUGUCAUA